UGUUGUAGCUAUGAUUUUAAAUAACGCUAAGAACAAACACAAAUUAUCAGCAAUUUAUCAGUCUAAUAUUAACUGAAGCUACGUUUUGUUCUGAACGUCGUUCAAGCUCACUAGCUAGCUAGGUUAAACACAACAGGUACAUCAUCACUACAAGAGGCUGGGACCAAUAGUAUCAAAUACCUCUUUCAAAAGACAAGAGGGGACAACAUCUGAAGAUGAAUAGGAGAAAUCAGAGUGAUCAGCAGCCUCAGUCAGGGCCUGUCAGAAUGAACCAGAUGAAGACAGAAGAGACAUAUCAGCCAGGUGCAUAUACGCCCUGCAUUCAAAGACCUGUGCCCUGCAUUCAAAGACCUGUUUACCAGCAGACCAGCCUCCAGAACCAGUACUAUGGGGUUUUUCAAGGAGCUCCUGUCAGGCCCGUGGCUGAGACGACACAGAACCUGUCUAUGACCAUGACCAGCACACAAACACCACAGCUUCGAUCAGGCACCCUUCAAUAUUACUGCGAGGAAAACUAUUGUAUGCCAGUCGGAUUUUCUCAAGGAGGUCCUGUCAGGUUCCCACCUGGUGGGACACAGAACCUGCCAUCUUCGGCCAUGAGCUGCACACAAACGCCACAGCUUCUACCAAGAACCCUUAAGCACGACAAGAAGACAUUGGAUGGCCCACAGAAGAAUGACAUGCCAGCAUUGCCAGGAACCUCAGGUGACAUGACAGCCUGCCAGCUGUGCAACACCAGCUCGAGCCUCCCACAGGGGGUGGCCAAUACAUCCAUGGGGUCCGCAGGGGCCAGCGCCCAUAGCGACCUGAAACCGGGAAAAGGCAAUUUACAAAAGAAGGAGCUUCGCUUGAUGAAGAACAGGGAUAGUGCCAGAAAAUACAGGAAGAGAAAGAAGGACCAUAUGGACGAACUGGAGAUUCGCAACAUCUCACUGGAAAGAGAGAAUGAGAUGCUGAAGGCUGAGCUGCAGUGCUUGAGGCCAAGCUGCCUAUAUCUGGCACCAAGGCCUUCACAGUUACCACCUUAACUGCACUGCAUUUUACAUUCCUUUAUGAUCGAUUUCAUCAUUUGGCUGUAUUAAAAUAUAUAAAUUGAUAGUUUGUGGUGGUCUGUUUUUUUUCCUGUGGAGGUUUGUUCAUGCUGUAUGCUGACAGAAGUCAAAUGUUCAAAGGAAAUCGGCUCAUCAGGGCUUAGCGACGUUUGUGUUUUAUGUUAUUCCACUUCAGAAAUCCUGAUGCAAGCAUAUUAUCUCUGCAUUUAUCACCCAUCCUCUUUUGUAUUCAAUGUAGAGACCCACCGGGAUGUGUAGUGCAACUAUAUGAGGACUUAUAUGCUUCUAACCUGUGGCGUUAAUAUUUAUGUAGGCAGAUUUACCCUGUACUUUUCAUAGUUUGCAUUGUUUGUACAGAUAAAAAAGGAAAACAAUUAUGACAACAAAUACACAUGUUUGUGGAACUGUAUUAACUUACUGUUUUAACUACAGUUGUUUGCUUCGUCUCAGUAUUCAUGGCUGGAAUUAGAACUUUUUAACAAUCUUCUCUGUUGGUGCUUUAUUUCUCCUCCGUAAGUUAACACCUUAGCUGGUGUCUUGUUAUGAACACACCUUAAUUACAUUUUUGUAUGUAUUUGCUUUAAUAAAUUCCUUGCUCAGUC